AUGCCCUUUCUGGAAAAAAUUAAAAAUUAUUCUACAGAACUGGGUGAUAUAGAGAUGUUACUAAAAAUUCAAGAAGAAACUAACUCUGUUAACGAUGCUUUUUUGGCGUAUCACAAUAUAUGUAGUGUGAAUUAUUUUGCAAAAUACCAAAGGAAAACGAAUCCACCUCCAAGUAAUGAUUGGGCUACGAAACGAGAAGGCCAUAAAAUUGCCAGAGAACGAUUGAUUAAUUAUAUUCAGCAAGAAGUUAUUACAAAUCGACGAGUGAUGUCAUUAGCUCACUUGAAAUAUUGUUAUGCUGAAUUUGUGAAAGAAAUGUAUGAACACGCAAAUUUAGAAGCUACCACAUUCAGCAAUAAAGCUCUUAAGGAUUAUAUACAAACUCAAUUAAGACACAAAAUAUCAUUGGUUAACAUUUCUAAUCAACAAUUUGUUAUAUCAUCUGAAGUAGAUAUUGAAGCAACCGAUGAUGAAGAAAUCAGUAAUAUAUUAUUUGAACAAGAAGCACAGGAUUUCGCCUUGAAAUAUCGAAAAAAUAUAUUGAAAAUAAAAAAAAAACCUUUAACAGAUUUCAUUGAUAGUGAAGUAUUAAAUGAAGGAGAGUGCGAUGUUCCAAAAUGGUUGGAUUUAUUUUGGACUACUGCUUUGAACGGUAUUGGCAAAGAAAGCUGCGAUCGGGUUCAGAGAUUGUCUUCAUGUUAUUCGCAGGACUCCAUCUACAGUAUUACUAGAGAAGAAGAAUUGAACAUUAUCAAAAGGAACGAUGCAUCUACAGAAGCUCAACAGAAUUUAUCAGUUAAUGUUCGUGAUUUGACUGGCCGUAGAAAACGUUCGUUUGAGGAACAGACAUUUGAAAAUGUACUGUACGCGAAGCAACGUCGUCCAGAAUUUUGGCGUAGUAGUGUAGCGUCACCUGAAGAACCGCAAAAUUUAAUUAAUUUUCAGCACAGAUAUUUUACAUGGAUACUUUCCCAUAACUUUCAAAUUUCAAACACGCCAAUGUGGGUAGGAUAUAAUGCCAAAAUUUUAAAAGAUGACAGUAGAAUUCAAAAGAUUGAGUAUUUAACGCAAAUUAAUAAUUCACCCACGGAUCCGGCUGUUGUAAAGGAGACCAUGCGAAGAAGAUGUCCGAUUCCUACAAUGGUAGAUGUAUCAAUCCGAUCCAGCGUGGAAAGCCCGCUAGCGGAUUCGAUAAUCAAAACCGAAGACCCAAUACAGGUACAAGGAGCCAGAGGCGAGCAUAUGAAUUCCAGCAGCAGAGGGCAGCUGAGACAGAUUGGGCAGAGGCGCGUGAGUUUGAAGAACGCCCCCCAAAACCACGUGGUCCGACAGAAAGAAGCCAGAGUCACAAACAUAGCCGCCGCGCCCGACGUCAUCGACCUCACUUUAGUGCAGGGCCUGAGUACAGACCCGUCCAUUGACGUCCUAGACGACCACAUGAUGUCGGAUCACCAACCGGUUCUGGUCACUAUUGAUCUGGCGCCGAUCCGGAGGGAAAUCCCGUCCCCGCGUCAUAGACAAGACUGGCAUAUCUUCGCGGACCACCUGUCGAACAACUUGCGGUCUUUUCAAGUGGACAGCCCCGACGAUGUGGACCGCCUCGCCCUCGAGCUUACCGAGUCGAUCACCCGGGCACUCGAGGCCUCGCGGCUAAGCACCACAUCACACCGGAAACGACCGCAGUUACCUGCCGGGAUACGAGACAUGAUCGAAGUCAAAAGGAGGCUGCCUGUGUUGGAGGACCACGCUGUGGACUCUUGGUACAAGACCAUCGAGCGAGCUGGAGAAGACUGGACGGGUAUCCACCGCAUAUGCCGCCAAGUCUCCAGGAAGUCAGAACCGAUCCGGCCCCUGCUAGCGAGUGACGGCACCCCACGCUACCGCGCAACGUACCGAGCCGAGAUCUUCGCUGACCACCUGGAGACCCAGUUCCAACCAUACCCAACCGAAGACACCCAGCACGCAGAGGAAGUCGAACAAACCGUAGACGAAUACCUCGAGCAAGCGAUAGCCCCCACGGAAGACCCCAUAAUCAUCACCCUCGGCCAAUUUUUUUCCAGAUUCGCCGUACUAAGCUCCGGAAGGCCCCGGUCCUGA